AUGGUCACAGAAUUUACUUUAUCAGCCAAAACUCCAACUCCUAUUUUGGUUUAUUGUGUAGCCUUACCGUUACCGGAAGACGAACAAGAUGAUGAUGAAGGCUAUGAAUAUGAAUUUAUAGACUUUGGUGCACCACAAAUGGAAACUGUUAUUGCGUCGAUGGUCGUAACAGUUUCCGUUGCGUUGAGUCUUCUUGUCUGUUAUCAGCGUGCCAACAGAUUGAUCCCCAACGGAAUAUACUUUGCCUUACAACCACGACAUACUCCAGAUGAAGAUCUGUCUUUACAGACUGGUUUGUUAGAAGAGGAAGAUGAAGAUGCCACCCAAUUGGAUGAUCGAAUGCUGGACCAUAUUAGAUAUCGUGACGAUGAUGAUAGCAUCGAGGACGUGCGUGUAUCGAAAAAUUACGAACGAUCUCUUAUAGAUGAUAGUAACAAGCCAACUGAAAACCAGAGCAACAUGCGUAAUGAUUUUGGUGUAUUUAGUAUUGCAGAUGAAGAUGACUUAUGA